CUUCAGUGACUGGUUGGCAAAGUCCACCAAAAAAAGCCCAAAAAAAAAGUCGAACAACAUCCUCGAUCAUUCACGGGAAGACGCUGUAAGACCGAACAUGGCAUCUUAUUUUGCAUACUGUUUAACUGGUCUUGUUUUGCCUGAUUGAAGAAACGGGAUUUUUGACGAUCUUAGGCAACCUAUUUGCAAUAUCCCAUUUUCUUGGUGGAUCGUUUGUUACUUAACUUCAUCUAUGACUUCGAGCAACAUCAACUUCUGGAGCUUGAUUUUCAGUGUCACUGUCAACUUCAUUUCUGAGAUACCCGCUUUAUAGAUUUUUUUUGUCAGAUCAGUUGGUAAAGUCGUUAGAUUUCUGAGUGAUGUGGUAGAUUAUAGCGUUUUCUUCAUAGAUGAAUGAUAACCUGCUAUCAGAUACCUACUAUCAGAUUUCUGCUCGGAUCUUGGCGCAUUUCUCACAUGAUACGGGGUUUAUUGGAAACGCUUUGGUUUCCAUGUUGAGAAAUUGUUCGUUUUCGUGGAGUUUGAAGCUGGAACUUGGUCGGCGAUUUUGUAUGGUCGGCUCGUAGAGAAAACAUUUGACUUUUGGUUUUAUUGUCUUAUUUGGAGUUGAUUCCGUGAAGAGGGUCUUGGGGAAAGCAUGUUCCGAAGGGACCGUAGUAGAGAGAGUAAAGAGCAGAACGGUGGGCCGCCAUAUGGGCAGGUUAGAGUGCUCGUUGUUGGAGACUCAGGUGUAGGGAAGACUUCUCUGGCUCACCUUAUUGUCAAGGGUUCUCCCAUCAUUCGCCCUUCACAGACAAUUGGUUGUACUGUUGGUGUAAUGCACACAGCAUAUCGGAAUUCUGGUAGCUCUUCAAAUACCCUCAAAGGUGAUUCUCAGAGGGAUUUUUUUGUUGAACUUUGGGAUGUGUCAGGCCAUGAACGGUACAAAGAUUGUCGGUCUUUGUUUUAUUCACAGAUUAAUGGUGUAAUUUUUGUUCAUGAUCUCUCACAAAGGAGAACAAAGACUAGUUUGCUGAAGUGGGCAGCUGAGAUUGCUGCAAGUGGAACAUUUUCAGCUCCUUUAGGAUCUGGUGGACCUUGUGGCCUUCCUGUGCCGUAUAUUGUUGUUGGUAACAAAGCUGAUAUUGCUGCAAAAGAGGGCACAAGAGGAAGCAGUGGGAACCUUGUUGAUGUUGCACGCCAGUGGGUUGAGAAGCAGGGUUUGCUUCCAUCCAGUGAGGAGCUUCCUCUGACUGAGAGUUUUCCUGGUGGUGGAAGCCUUAUUGCUGCUGCAAAAGAAGCAAGGUAUGACACGGAAGCUGUGAUGACAUUUUUCCGAAUGUUGAUCAGGAGAAGGUAUUUUUCAGAUGAAGUGGCUACACCAAAUACGUGGUCUGUUUCUACAUGGUCUUCUUCUCCAGUUCAGAGACUUCCCCAACGUCUAGAUGACGAUUCAACCGACGAUGAUUAUCAAUCCUAUAAUAAAAGUAUAAACAGAGAUCCUUACAAGUAUAACACACUUCCUCCCCUUCCAGCUCAACGAAAUCUGACCCCUCCUCCCACGCUUUAUCCUCAACAACCAGUCUCGUCUUCUGUAAACCAUAGUUACCCAAGAUUUUCUCUGCCUGGUUCCUCAGAAAUCAAUGCUGCCACCAGAACAAGGCGCUCGGAUAUUAAUGUCUGAGAAUCUCUGUAUAAUGGAAAUCAUACAUUUGCUAAUAGUAUACACAUGCAGUAUUCUUGAAGGAAUGAAGUUGCUUGUCUUAUAUGAAUUAUAUUCAUGUGAUUGUAAGUGGGUCCUGUCGAUUCUUUCAUUGUUUUUAGAGGCAUUCUUCAUCAGUGUUGUUUGGUGAUCUGAGUUCCCAGUUUGGUGUAGUCUAUCAUGAAAUGUUCGAUUCU